AAAAAUUUACUUUUCAGUUUCCUGUUGAACAGCGUCUGGUCGAGUCUGCAGUUCUUUUCAACGUCCAACAAUUAUUUUUUUGAGAUUCUAGUUACUUCUUUAUUUAUGUUUUGUGCAAUACGUCAUCAUGACAUCCAAGAUAUUUGGUACCCCGAUGAUGAUUGUGCCGUACGAGUGGAUUCUGGAAAACGUCGAGGAAGAACCGAUGACAAUGGCGUCGAAAAUGAUUUUAUUUCGUGGCGAAAAAGUUUUCCGUGUGGGUUUGAAGAACCACGCCGAGUCGGCCAUUUUGUUUUUCGUGGCCAUUAAUCUCAGCAAAAUUGGACUGAAAGUGGAAGACGUAACGUACCAAAUUCAAGAUGGUGGCACAACAUGGCCAGUAACGAUGGAGCAAAUGAAAAAGGAGAAUAUCGGCGAUGGAGGAAGUCUGCAACUAUUCAAAACUCGACUUGGCAAAAAGAUUGUUGGAAAUUGCUCGUUUUCGUUUCGAAUUGUCCUUGAAGGAGUCAUCCCCUGCUGUUCGACCUAUGGCUAUUCCUACAAACUAUGCGAUCGCCUUGCCAAGGAGCAAUUUUGGAAUGCCAUAACAAAUCAAAAACAUCUGGCGGACGUUGAAGUGAUUGUGAAAGACAAAACAUUUCCCGUUCAUAAAGCCAUUCUUGCUGCCCGCAGUCGAGUGUUUGCAGUCAAAUUCAUGAAAGAACAACCGGGAAAAGACGGUCCUCAUCAGGUCCGGUUGGAUGGAGUGGAUCCUUCAACAGUGGCCAAGUUUCUGUACUACGUUUACACGGGAGAACCGAUGGGAAUAUUGGCGGAUGAAGAAUUGCUCAAGUUAGCCAACAAGUACGGGCUGCUGGCUCUGUCUGGUUUAUGCCAAGUUGCACUGAAGAAAAUUGAACCCACGCAAAUGGCAAAGCUCAUGGAGAGUUUAAAUGACGGAGUUGAAGAACCUUAUGCUUCCAAAAUUAUGCCGGAGAAAGAUACGGAAAUAAUUGUCGAUCAAACCACGCCCACUUUUAGAUGCACUUUGAGUUUCACUACAUCCGAAAUAGGACUGCCAAAAUGUGUAAUGGAAUAUCAAAAAGAAGAAUUGUUUUUCGCUUACAUCACUGGUUAUCUCGGUGAAAACCGUAUCAACAAACCUGGAAUUCAUUUUACAUGCGCCAACCAUCCAAGAUUCGGCUUGAAAUUUGAAGAUGUUUAUUUUGUUCCGAAGAAUAACCAAAUUUGGUUCAAGUUGGAAGCGGUUAAAGUAAAAAACAACGCAGAAUUACUUCAACACUUCACCAUCCAGUUUGAGUCAAUUAACUACAGCUUGUUAGAAUUCAUUGACUUUAACUUUGACAUCAAAGUCGUCAGUACGAUCAGCAACUAUGACUACGAGAUGAUGGACGACGCUUGGUCGACAGAUUUUUGGAUGGCAGCAGUCAACAAAAAGUUGACAGAUGUUGAAAUAUUUGCCGGAACUGUCAAGGUGAUGGAAGCCCACCGAGUGAUCCUAUGCGCUCGAAGUCCUGUCCUGAAUGCAUCUUUGAACAAGAUCAUCAAUACAAGCAAAUCAAUCAUUUCAUUUGGAGCAGAUUUCCAUGUCGAUACUGUGAAGCUCUUCCUGAAUUUCCUUUACACCGGAUCUUUAAAGUCGACUGACAACGUCCAUCAACUAAGUAAAUUGGCCACAAUGUACCAAGUCGAGACAUUGAAAAAUGUGUGUCAACUGCUUAAUGCCAACCCACCGGAUGCAGAAGAACUAACCAACUAUCUUCUGCAGCUAUAAUAACCGGAUUAUAUUUACCGUUUAAAAUUCUUAUUAUAUAUUCCUCAUAGUUUUGUAUCUACGUUGUUUUAUUUUUAAUACAGGAAUUUGAAUUUUA